UUAUUUUAAUUACUGGUGGUAGGACCUCUUAUGAGUCCGCACGGGUAGGUACCACCACCCUCGCCUAUUUCUGCCGUGAAGCAGUAAUAGUCCAGGAUCCACCGCCCAUUUUUGCACUUGAUUACUAUCAAGCUAAUUUUCCGUGAGUAGCUUUAUUUUGAUGAGACGCCCAAUAAUUUCCUAUACGAAACUCUCGAUUGUGGUAGCUAACAGAGGUAGCGAGGAUAAAAUAUGUUGAUUUGAUGAUUCUCAAAUAUUUAUUACUAACUGAAUUUUUUUUUGUUAAAUCUCAAGACAAUUAUCUAAAUUAUUCGAAAAAAUAUUUGUCCUACAAAAUCUAUGGUUUGAUCAAAGAGUCCCCUCUUUCCGACAUGUAUCGAUAACAAGGUCAUCAUAAAUGAUUACUAACCAGCUGAUUUUUUUUUUUUUACUUAGUUAAUAUUUAUGUAAUUUAACAGACAUAUUGUCCUACAAAUUGCGCGGUACGUUAUCCUGGUCCUACGCUCAAAAGUAGUAGUACAGAUCCUUGAUGUAAAAAUAAUUACUAUCAAGCUGAAUCUUCGUGAAUAGCUUCGUUUUGAUGAGACGCCCAAUAAUUUCCUAUACGAAACUCUCGAUUGUGGUAGCUAACAGAGGUAGCAAGGAUAAAAUAUGUUGAUUUGAUGAUUCUCAAAUAUUUAUUACUAACUGAAUUUUUUUUUGUUAAAUCUCAAGACAAUUAUCUAAAUUAUUCGAAAAAAUAUUUGUCCUACAAAAUCUAUGGUUUGAUCAAAGAGUCCCCUCUUUCCGACAUGUAUCGAUAACAAGGUCAUCAUAAAUGAUUACUAACCAGCUGAUUUUUUUUUUUUUACUUAGUUAAUAUUUAUGUAAUUUAACAGACAUAUUGUCCUACAAAUUGCGCGGUACGUUAUCCUGGUCCUACGCUCAAAAGUAGUAGUACAGAUCCUUGAUGUAAAAAUAAUUACUAUCAAGCUGAAUCUUCGUGAAUAGCUUCGUUUCGAUGAGUCGCCCAACAAUUUCCUAUGCGAAAAUUCUCAAUGAUGGUAGCUAACAGAGGUAGCAAUGAUAAAAUAUGUCGAUUUGAUUAUUUUCAAAAAUUUUAAAGAAAUUAAAAAAUUAAUAAUCGUCAAUGUAAAUUCAACAAAAAAUUAACAAAAAAAAAGUUGUGCCGCUUGGGUUUCUGUAUUUUGCUACUACAGCUGAGUCACACCGGUACGGCGGUACGCAUGCGCAGAGCAUUGCUUACUGCGUAUUAGGUAUCCCACGUUAGUGUUGACCAUAAGCCUGCAAACAUUUUCUCAGUCGACCACGUGUUUUAUUUUAUCUUGAUAAAUAAUUUCAAGAAAUGUUUUUUGUGCUGCAAAAUAAUUAUGGAGUGUUUUUUGUGUAAUUCGUUAUGUGAAAACUCUACUUUUCGAGAGAAAAGAGAAAAAGUGAAGAAAUUUAAUAAAGACUUUUGGCUUUCUUGCAAAACUUUUCUAUCUGCUCGAAAGCAUCAUCAACAUAAAUAUCGAGAUGUUAUAUUGCCUGAAAAUUGGAAUGACGAAGUAAUAGGUUAUCAUUCCUCUUGUUACAAAGAAUUUCGAGUGAAAUCUAAAUAUUUGUCUUAUGAAAGCACUGAGCCAGCUUCAACAUCAUCAGCGUCUCAAUCUACUGGAAUCAUUGAUUCUUCGAUAUCUUUAACGUCUGCUGAAAAUGUAGAACCGGACCCAUUGCCAGGCACUUCACGAAAUAUUGACCAGAGUUCGAUAUUAAUUAAUGAUGAAACCAGUAAUAUUGAAGAUUUGGAGAAUACUGUUGAGGAGGACAAUGUAGAUUGUGAAACGGAAGUACAAAGUUUUGGAGAUGAUGAGUUAGCAAAGAAAUGCUUUUUUUGUCAAAAAGUCAAUAAAAAACGUAAAGGGCGACAAAUAUACUGUCGUAAAAUUAAAAACAAAAUAUCCUUUCUAGAAAAAAUUAAAAAUUAUUCUACAGAACUGGGCGAUAUAGAAAUGUUACGGAAAAUUCAAGAAGAAAAUAACUCUGUUAACGAUACUUUUUUGGCGUAUCAUAAUAUAUGUAAUGUCAAUUAUUUUGCCAAAUACCAAAGGAAAAUGAAUCCACCUCCAACUAAUGAUUGGGCCACGAAACGAGAUGGCCAUAAAAUUGCCAGAGAACGCUUGAUUAAUUAUAUUCAGCAAGAAGUUAUUACAAAUCGACGAGUGAUGUCAUUAGCUCACUUGAAAUAUUGUUAUGCUGAAUUUGUAAAAGAAAUUUAUGAACACGCAAAUUUAGAAGCUACCACAUUUAGCAAUCAAGCUCUCAAGGACUAUAUACAAACUCAAUUAAAACACAAAAUAUCAUUGGUCAAUAUUUCAAAUCAACAAUUUUUUAUAUCAUCUGAAAUCGAUAUUGAAACAAUCGAUGAUGAAGAAAUUAAUGAUAUAUUAUUUGAACAAGAAGCAAAAGAUUUCGCCUUGAAAUAUCGAAAAAAUAUAUUGGGAAUAAAAAAAAAACCUUUAACAGAUUUCAUCGACAGUGAAGUAUUAAAUGAAGGAGAGUGCGAUGUUCCAAAAUGGUUAGAUAUAUUUUGGACUACUGCUUUAAGCGGUAUUGGCAAAGAAAGCUGCGAUCGGGUUCGGAGAUUGUCUUCAUCUUUUUCGCAGGACUCUAUCUACAGCAUUACAAGAGGUUAUAUUAAACCGCGAAAGCAUAUUUUAUUGGGUAUAACCAUAAAAAGUCUCACAGGAAGCAAAAAAGUCGUGGAUAUAUUAAGCAGGCAAGGAUACUGCAUCACCUAUCCAAGUAUACUGGAAUUGGAGACGUCUGCUGCAUACUGUUGUGUUUCUAAUAAUCAAUUAUGUCCAACAAGCAUUCAACGAACUUCUAUAUUAUCAUCUGGAGUAGCGUGGGAUAAUUACGACAGAUAUGUAGAGACAAGCUCUGGUAAAAAUACCUUACAUGAUACAGUGGGUAUCAUUUAUCAAAAUAUCCCUACAGAAGAAGAAUUGAACAUCAUCAAAAGGAACGAUGCAUCUACAGAAGCUGAACGGAAUUCUUCAAGUAAUGUUCGUGAUUUGGCUGGCCGUAGAAAACGUUCGUUUGAGGAACAGUCAUUUGAAAAUAUACUGUACGCGAAGCAACGACGUCCAGAAUUUUGGCGUAGUAGUGUAGCGUCACCUGAAGAACCACAAAAUUUAAUUAAUUUUCAACAUAGGCAUUUUACAUGGGUACUUUCCCAUAACUUAAAAAUUUCAAACACGCCAAUGUGGGUAGGAUAUAAUGCCAAAAUUUUAAAAGAUGACAGUAGAAUUCAAAAGAUUGAGUAUUUAACGCAAAUUAAUAAUUCACCCACGGAUCCAGCUGUUGUAAAAGAGACGAUGCGUAGAAGUUUGCAAAUCGCUUCAGAAUGUCAAAAAGAUUUCUUCAGCGUUACUUACGAUUUAGCCAUGGCCAAGAUUGCUUUACGGAUACAGAGUGCGGAGGAUGAAUUCGAAAAACUUUUUAUUAAUUUUGGACCUUUCCACAUAAUGUUAUCAUUCAUGAAAGCUAUCGGGAAAUUUAUAAGUGGAUCUGGGUUAACAAAUAUUCUUAUAGAUAGCGAAAUUUUGGCCAGUGGUUCUAUCAGUUCGUUUUUAAGUGGAAAACACUUUAAUCGAUGCAGAAAAAUUCAUCCUUUACUCUCUCUUGCUUUGCAGAAUUUACAUUUGGAAAGGUUUUUACAGCAGCAUGAUCAGGACCUGGAAAAUAUUAAAGAAUACUUAAAAAUAUUUAAUGAACAACAGAAUGAUGACCCACAAAUAACCAAUGAGAAUUUAAAAAAAUUAUUUAACAAAUAUGAAGAAUAUAAAAAUGAAACUUUAAAUGGAAGGCAUGGUAAAACACCUCAAAUUUAUUUAAUGUACACAAGAUUAGUUGAAUAUUAUCUUCAAUUAGAAUAUAGUAUUCGUAUAGGUGACUUCAAUUUGUUUGUAGACACUUUACCGAAAAUAACAAAUGUUUUUUUUUCAAUGAAUCACCAUAAUUAUGCAAGGUAUAUGUCUAUUUAUUGGGAUAAGUUGAUAAAUAUUGAAACUACACAUCCCGGAUUGCUUGAUGAUUGUCAAAAGAGUUUUAUGGGCAUUCGAAGAACAAUAAAACCGUUUUCAAGAAUCCCAGUUGAUUUAACACUUGAACAAACAAUCAAUGCUGAUGCUGCUUCUAAAGCUUCUGGAAUUGUAAACAUUACAAACUCGUUCUCUGCAAGACAAAAAUGGUCAAUUACUCACUCACUACGUACAAGUGUUAUAUCUAAAGUGAUGGAAUUUUGUAAUAUGAAAUCAACAGAUGAUAUUACGAAAGAUUUAAAGAAAUCAACAAUUAAUAAAUCUACCAAAAACUUACAAGUACUAAUGCAACUAAUAAAGCAGUACACCAACCCUUUUGGAUUAGAACUGUCAGAAGAUCAUCUUUACAAUAUAUCGAAAGGUCAGUCGGUGAACGAUGAAGUAUAUAACUUUUUAUCAUCAGUUGAAAUUGAGGGCGAAAAACAAAAUAAGAAUUUCAUUGCUGAGUCUCGAGUAACACCAGAUAGGUUUGAUAAAGCCAUUACCAGAAAUAAAAUAAUUAAUUUUGAGUACAAGAAUACGCAAAAAGUCAAAAUUAAUGGAAAAGUGAAAGAAGUUCAAAUGCAAAGAGAUGUUUUUGGUCGUCUACUUUAUGUGUCACUAAAAAAUAAAAUUGAUUUAGAAAAAGCAUUAAGUUAUCCUCUAGCUCCUAUUCCAUUUUCACUCUGUCAUACUAAUGGAACAAUUUGCAAGACCCCAAAAUCUGUAAUUAUUAAUGAAUUACUAGAAUAUCAAACUGAAAUAGUAAAUCCUCCAGAAGCAGAUAUUCACUUAGUUGAUGGAUUUUAUUUAUUACAUACAUUGAAGAACCUUCCAAACAGAUAUGGUAAAAUCUCAAUGCAUAUAUUAAAAAUACUUACAUAUAAUAGAAAAGAAGUACAUAUUAUAUUUGACAAAUACAAAAAUCCCAGUAUUAAAGAUUUUGAACAUAAUCUGAGAGGUGAAGAUGACAUACAAUAUGACGUAAUACGUAAAGACAAUAAUCGUCCUUCAGAUUUCUGCAAAUUAUUGAGGAGCAACAAUUUUAAAGAAAAAUUUGUAAAAUUUUUAAUUGAAGAUUGGACAAGGGACGAAUUUAUUACUUUGAUCACAGGAAAGACUAUUAAACUUAAUUAUGAUCAAUGUUACAUUUAUGAGGUGUCUAGUGAAAAUAAAAUAAAAAGAGUCAUUGACUAUAAUUUCUCUUGUUAUCAUGAAGAAGCUGAUACCAAAAUAGUAUACCACAUUUGUCAAUUUAAUACUAACUAUCGUGUGGAGAUACAUUGUACAGAUUCUGAUAUACCAAUAAUAAUGUUGGCAAAUUUUAAGCAUUUAAAAGAUAAAAUUCAAAUAAUAAUUAAUUUAAGCACGAAUAAAAAAAAAAUGUACUUAAACAUAAAUGAAAUUUAUGCCAAGCUUGGAGAUCAAUUAUCUUGUUCACUCGCCAUAUGCCAUAUUUUUACAGGGAAUGAUUACAAUCCUGCUUUCUUUCGUAAAGGAAAAAAGAAACCUUUCAGUAUUUUAAAGAAAAAUGAAAAUUUUCAAGAGGCAUUUAUUCAACUUCUACGAAUUAAAAAUACGGAAUUAACAACAUCGAAUGAGGUAGUUCAAAUUAUUGAAGAGUAUGUAUGCAGAAUGUAUUCAUUAAAAACAAAAAAUGAUCUGAAUAAAGGACGGUAUGAGUUAUUUGAAAAAGGGUAUAAAUCAAAAAAUGACAAUGAAAAAAUUUUAAAACAAAAAAUCGUAGGAUAUGAUCCUUCCAGUUUGCCACCAACAAAACAAGAAUUGUUGCAACAAAUUAAACGAACUGUAUUCAUCUGCAAUAUAUGGUGUAAUGCACACAUGCGGUGCCCCACGGAAAAAUUGCCAGAAAAUUUUGGAUGGACAAUAAUUGAUGGUAAAUAUGAAUAUUAUUGGUUUGAUGGUCCCCAAAGUCCAUCAUUUGAAAAAUUAUCUUCUGACUUACAAGAGUCAGAUAUCACGAGUGAAGAAAGUGAAACAGAUGAAGAUGAUAACGAUGUUAGUAGCGAACAUUUAUCAGAUGAAUCUGAUGAAGAUUAAUUUCUUUAUAUAUAUAUAUAUAUAUAUAUAUAUAUAUAAAGAAAUUAAUAUAUAUAUAUAUAUAUAUAUAUAAAUACACAAAUUUUUGUACCUAGAUUACUAAAAAAUAAAGUUAUUUAAAUUUUAAAAAAGAUUUUUUCACUGUAUCUUAUUUUACAAAUAGAAAAACGAAAAAAUUACAAUUCUUGUCGGACUAGUGAUACAUACCUGUUUUCUUGUAGGACGUUGUUUCAUUUGGGCAGAGAACACACUAACCUAUUAUAUGAUAUUUUUGUCCUACAGUUAGUAAUGAGAAAAAUGGUCUUGUGGUAUUAACAAUUUCUGAGCGUAGGACCGGGAUAACGUACCGCGCAAUUUGUAGGACAAUAUGUCUGUUAAAUUACAUAAAUAUUAACUAAGUAAAAAAAAAAAAAUCAGCUGGUUAGUAAUCAUUUAUGAUGACCUUGUUAUCGAUACAUGUCGGAAAGAGGGGACUCUUUGAUCAAACCAUAGAUUUUGUAGGACAAAUAUUUUUUCGAAUAAUUUAGAUAAUUGUCUUGAGAUUUAACAAAAAAAAAUUCAGUUAGUAAUAAAUAUUUGAGAA